AUGGCCAAUUCGCCAGCGGCUAGAAGACUCUCGCCAAGUCUUCUGUCACUCCCAAGCCGGAAACAGUCGCAAAACCCCGUGGUUCUCGACGGUGAUUUCUCCACCAAGCAACAGCUCAACAACUCGGUCAACGCUGUCCAGGGAUUCUACCAGGCUUUGGCCAAGUGGGAGACCAAGAAGACCAAUGAGCAAGAGACCAUACAUCUCUUUUAA